UCACACACUAUUGGAUCAAGCAGAAAUCGCUCAGUUCUGCCUCCAGGACAAGACUCAUCCCAAUAAACGUCAACCUGAUUUAAAGUGUCGCAGGCAGGGCUGGUCUGUCUGUGGUGGAGGCUUUCCAGUUAUCAAAUUAGAGUCGGUGAGCUGGGAUAGGCUGGGAGUUUGGUUCAGAGAAGUUCGGACAUAGCCUACAGCGGGACGGGGCAAGAAGAGUAGCGACUGAAUGUGGGACAGGAAAUCUGACGUGGACCAUCUACGAGAAAUAAUCGCAUUUGUUGCAUCCAGCAAUCAAGGAUCUCACCCGCGUGAAUGACAAAGGUUGGGUGGGUAAACUUUGUCAUUCGGGUCUGAUCGUUCUAAAACCGGGCUGUUGUUUUUAGUGGAAGCGCUGAAAGAGAACAUCAUGCCAAGGCGGACCGUGCACGAAGUAACAGUUCAAGAUGUCCAGAAGAGGAGAAAUCCGAACAAACACUAUGUUUACAUCAUCAAAGUGUCCUGGUCUGAUGGCAGCACUGAGGUCAUCUUCAGGCGCUACAGCAAGUUCUUCGACCUGCAGAUGGAGCUUCUGGAUAAGUUCCCUGUGGAAGGAGGGCAGAAAGACCCCAAGCGCAGAAUCAUCCCUUUUCUACCAGGGAAGAUCCUGUUCAGGAGAAGCCAUAUCAGGGAUGUGGCCAUGAAGCGCCUGAGGCCUAUCAACGAGUACUGCAGGGCUCUGAUUCAGCUGCCCGUGUACGUAUCCCAGUGUGAGGAGGUUCGUGUAUUCUUCGAGACUCGUCCUGAAGACCUCAACCCACCUAAAGAGGAACCCAUUGGAAAGAAGAAGCCAGGGAUUGUGGAGAGAGCGACUACUUUCCUAAAGAGAGGAGACUCCACCUCAGCUGACCCUCUGCUCCUAGACCAGUAUGUGGCCGUCACUGACUAUGAGAAACAGGAGAGCUCUGAGAUCAGCCUGCACGUGGGACAGACGGUGGAGGUCAUCGAGAAGAAUGAGUCUGGUUGGUGGUUUGUUAGUUCAGACGAGGCCCAAGGCUGGGUCCCUGCCACCUGCCUGGAGGCCCAGGAUGACCCUGACGACUUCUCCCUUCCCGGCGAGGAAGAGGAGAAGUACACAGUGAUCUACCCAUAUGCAGCGCGAGACCAAGAUGAGAUCGACCUAGAAAGUGGCAUGACGGUGGAGGUCAUGCAGAAGAACCUUGAGGGCUGGUGGAAGAUCAGGUACCAGGGACAGGAGGGCUGGGCCCCGGCGUCCUACUUGAAGAAGGCCGACAUCCUGAGCCAGAAGCUGGUGGCAGGGGCAGCGGGCCACUCCAGCACUAACGACCUGGACGGAUUCUCUAAGCAGCAGAGUCAACAGAACCAAGCCAAGGAGAACCGAGGAGACAACAAGGAUCAGAAAGACAAGGGCUUCUCCCCCUUUGCCAAGCAGCACAAACAAGGGGCUAGACAGAGACCACCUCCACGCAGGGAUCUCACCAUCCCGAGGGGGCAGAACCUGCCCAAGCCACCCACCCCUCCCCAGGUGGAGGAGGAGUUCUAUACCAUCGCAGACUUCCAGACCACCAUCCCCGACGGCAUCAGCUUCCAGGCUGGGGUCAAAGUGGAGGUGAUAGAGAAGAACUCCAGCGGCUGGUGGUACAUUCAGAUUGAAGAGAAAGAGGGCUGGGCCCCUAUCACCUUCAUCGACAAAUACAAGAAGACCAGCUUGACCCCGCGCCCCAACUUUCUUGCACCUCUGCCCAACGACUUGGUCCAGCUGAAGCUGGAGGAUGGCACUGCUGGCGGUGCGGGGCAAGAGGACAGCUGGUCCAAACCGCUGCCAGACGAACCCACGGCGGGGAGCGAGUCUGUAGCCCGGCCCAAACUCAGGGACUGGAAGUCCAGCGCCAGUAAGGCGGCGUCUGCUUUUUCCGGUCCCCUGCCCCCAGCCCCGUCUGCCCCACUGACUGAGGAGAAGCCAGCCCUGCCACCCCGCAGGGAGUCCAUCAACAAGAGCACGGACAUUGAGAUUACUGUGGAGAAACCCAGGCCAGACCUAUCCAAACCCUUGCCUUUGAAAACCCCUGCCCCGGGGGUCAUCAUGCCCCUGCUCACCCCCAAAGCUGCCCCCUUCAAGCCAGACAAGCCCCCCGAGCCCAAAAGAGAGGUCACGAACAAACCUCUGCAUCUGAAGAAUGAGAUGGGUUUGGAGUGUGGCCACAAGGUCUCCGCCAAGGAGGUGAAGAAGUUCAACCUGAAACCUGUGGCUAAGCAACCACCCAAGCCCAUUCCUGAUGCACCGGAGGAGAAACCAGAGGCCAUCGGCCCUGCACUGUUCAUGAAGCCUAAACCCAUAGUCCGGCCCAAACCCGUCCCAGCUGCCAAGCCAGAACCGCCAGCUGAGAACAAGCUGGAUAUCACCAACCUGAGGAGCAAGCUGAAGCCUUCAAAGCCAGCUGAACCAGGCUCUGGAUCAGCAGAGCCAAGCCAGCAAAACGGCGCUGCUCCAAACAACGGCCCUAGCAACGCUCUCCCCAAGAUGCCGCCGCCCAACCUCCCCCCUAAUAAUGCUUUACCCAAGAUGCCUCCUGGUAAUGUACCCCCCAAGAUGCCCCCUCCUAAUAAUGUUCUCCAAAACAUGCCGCGUCCCAACAGCCCCCCUCACAAUGCACUCCCCAAGAUGCCCCCGGCCCCCAAUGCUCUCAAUGGCAAGGCCAGCGACGAGCCCAAGAUCCCCCCCAAGCAGCAGAACGGCCACGGACAAGUGAGCCAGGAUGUCCCCAAACCCGCCGUCCCCCCCGCCAAAGAACCUCCAGGGAGGCCAGCCGUCCUCCCUAGGCGACCCCCUCCACCCAAAAAGACCUCAGAGCCAUCCAGCCCCACAGAAACCAAAGCUCCCCUGAAAGAGCUCCCAGACACCAAGCCUGCUCCCCCCCAGCUCAGCAGACCACCUCCCCCUAAACCCAAGGCCUUCAUGCUGCCCCCGCCUAAAGACAAGGACAAGGGGGAGCCCAAGGCGAAAGUGCUUGUGGCCCCAAAGCCCCUGGUUAAGAUUGAGAAACCAGGCCCUCCGAGGGACAAGCUGCCUCCUCUGAUCAAGGAUCCCAGUAAAGAGGAGCUGUUCUUGGCCGUGGCAGACUUUGAGGGCGACGAUCAGAUGGGUGGCUUCAAGGAGGGCACCGUGUUCGAGGUGAUGGAGCGGAACAGCAGCGGCUGGUGGUUUUGUAAAAAUCUAGGAGAAGGGCCAAUUAAAGAGGGCUGGAUCCCCUCCAAUUACCUGACCAAGAAACCCUAGGUAAACAGGUUCUGUUGGCCUUUUUAAUAAAAAUAUUACUAAUUGUAUUUAAUUAGCUUUUUAUUUAUAGGUACCUUUUUGAUUGAGAUUUGUUACUUUGUUAAAUUCCAUUUGUUUAGCAAGAAUGAACCAGCAAUGUUUGUCUUUUUGCAUAUUGUUUAGUUAUUUUUUUGUACUUUUUAUCCUCGUUACACAUUACUAAGCAUAAAAUCCGUAACAAGCGAAUGUUCAUGUUCACCUUUUGUGCCAUAUGUUACUCAACAAGCCUAUAAUGUAAUUUUAUGAUACAGUAAUGUUAUCACAAGCUUUGUAAUAGAACAGAUGAAUGUCUUUCCAAGCCUUCUAUAAUAUUGUGCCUCAGUAUAGUGCUUUAAAACUUAAAUAUAUGCAAUUUAGCUUGUUAGUUUCUCAGUAUAUCAAAAGAUGCUUUAGUCUAAUGAGUGGAGUCGUAACUGACAGUGCAAUGCAUUUGGAAAAUAAAUCAGACCAUACACCAGAGGAACCAGGGUCCGUAUCCACAAAGCAUCUCAGACUAGGAGUGCCGAUUUAAGAUCAGUUUUGCCUUUUAGAUCAUAAUGAAUAAGAUGACAUGGAUAGGGGGUACCCGAUUCUAGAUCAACACUCCUACUCUGAGAAUCUUUGUGAAUACUGGCUGAGAUAAUCACAAGACAAACAGCCAAAACCAGCCGAAGGCAGGAGGCCAUGGAUACUCAAGAUUCCUCAAAGAACACCCCCUCCUCCACUAAGGCUGCAAUGGAGGUUACAAUGGGAGUUCAAGAGGACAUUUUUGGCUUUCAAAGUACUAAAAUAUUAACACUUCAAGCAACGUUUUUGACGAGUGCUAAUAAACAUUCAUACGGAUCUUUUCAGGUUUGUGAACACGUUUUUUUCCUUUCGGGAACUGCGUAAUACUGAUGCGGCUGAUUUGUAACAGAUGUGCACUUUUUAGAUUAUUCAGCCGUUCAGACAGUUCAGGUUCGCAAUCUGGAUGACCAAACUGGGGGAGUGAGCCUGUCCUUCAACUCACUCUUGAACGUUGUAAUAGAAUGCACGAAGUGCAAUUUUAAAAUUAGGCAGUGCAUCAGUUUUCCUCUUGUCAAGUCAUUGCAUACCUUAGACGUAUUUAUAAUUUCUCAGAAAUGUCCAGUGAAAAGCUUGGGAAACCCCUGGCUUAAUAGACCGAUGGAGAGGAAGUAUAGGAUGUACAAUUGAAAGCCACAGCCAUGUUUUAAAACACUAAAAGGUUGCUGCAAGACUUUGGGAGCUGCAUUGUAUACCAGGGUUGGAGUCCAACUCCUUUCAGGAAGGACUGAAUUUAAAUGAAAAUGGACGCUUUCCCUGGUGUUCACAGUACGAUAGGUGGAAACCACCCUAUUGAUUUCAUAAACUGUAGGUCUACCAUUAUCAAUACAACCCCUAAAUAUGAGAAAUGACCUGCGAUUGAUGCAAUAAUAAUAAUAAAUAUAAACAGCGUUACUGGAUCACAAAAAAAAAGGUGCUCAAAUAUAAGUGUGAUAAUUAUUUAAAAAACAUUUACAUUAGUGUUUGACUGGUUUCAAGCACAGACUUAGCAAAAGUUAAUUUUAUCGUACUUCCAGAAUGAAGUAAUGUCAGCUGUCGUUUCCUUUUCACCCUUUUCCAGGUCUGGUUUGUCGUAGUUGAAACUUAAUCGUGCAUUGUUCCUACAGCCGAAGUAGUAACAUGUGUUUCCCAAAACACCACGCAGAGAGAACAUUCAGCAAUUGUGUCGUUGGAACAUGUCCACACUAUUAGGUUCGAAAGAAAGCUAGCGGAUCCUAGAGAAGCGCUUUCUCCAUUUGACCUUUAAAAUAAAUUGUCACAAUACUGGACUACAGAUCAGCUCCUAGAGAGAUAUGGCCUAUGGCUGCAAUUAUCAAGGUGGCCUAUUAUAAUGGUUACCCGUUAAUGCAUUACAGCACAGAUUUGGCACAUCAUUGCAUUAAUGUUCCUACACAUUACAUCGAGGGAAAUAGCAGACAGUAGCCUACAAUUAGAUAAAUAGAACAUGAUACGUGGUCCUUCUGUAGCUCAGUUGGUAGAGCAUGGCGCUUGUAACGCCAGGGUAGUGGGUUCGAUUCCCGGGACCACCCAUACGUAGAAUGUAUGCACACAUGACUGUAAGUCGCUUUGGAUAAAAGCGUCAGCUAAAUGGCAUAUAUUAUAUUAUUAUUAUUAUAUUGAUUUAAACACGAUCGAAAUACAUAAGCAAAUGUAGUGUGUACUCAUUUAUCGUCAUCUUGGUUUUCAUUUGAAGCAUAUUUUGUUACAAUUGCAAAGACAUUGCCCACUUUGUAGCCCAUUUAAAGUUAUAGAGAUGGAUAGAAAUCGAUUGAUUGUGUGUUUAACGGAGGUAUUCUGUGUAUAAAGCGACGUGGAAGGACAAAAAAAAAGCAAGUAACGAUGCACUUGGCUUUUCAAGUGGUGUGAGGCAGUCGGUAAAUAGGCCUAACAAGCCUUUAAGUGUGACUAGUAACAAUGGCUACUACGAAGGAACUAACAAACUUAGCCUUAAGAUACUUCUGGGAAACUGGGCCAUGGUCAUGGAGAAAGAGGGUUGGUCUCCUAGGAGACACACUGACAAGGCUGGGAGUGCCUGUAGCUCAGGUUAAUUGGAGAAUCUCAGAAUAUGGUUGAUCUGAUUCUGCUCCUAGUUGCUUGGAUACUAUGUUAUUCCCAUCCCCCUCGUGUUAAAGUACUAGGUCCAUUGCUGUGUGUCAGGUCCCUAACCAGCAUUAAAAUCAUAACUAACUUGGAGUGUUCCGGUCUUUGGCAGUGUGCGUAGUACACAAGUAAUGAUAUUCAUGUCAGAUUUGUAAUGAUCAACACUAGUGUCAACUCAUUGAGUGAGACCUGACAGUUAGUGGAAUGUGAGUGAAACCUAGAUUGGGUUAGGGUAUAUGGGUUGGAAAGACAUGCAUUCAACAGUUUGGUUACUGAAGCAUAAGGAGAGGCACACAGGGAUGUGAACGCUACAAUAAAACAGUAUGGAUUGUCUUUUUGCUUUAAAGUAAUGCUUUACCCUAAACUGGUCAAUUUAAUUACAAAAUCAAUUUAUAAAAAUAAACUGCUCAUUCUUUAUUCUUUGAGAUAUGCAGCAUAAACACCUUUCCCACUGACAUAUUGCGCAUAUCCCAUCUUAGUCCUGUAAUGUAUUCGUAAUACUUGUGUAUUUCCCCUCAUGGUUCCCUUUCAUAUUAAGUCAAUAAACAUUUUUUUUUUUUUUUUUUUAAGUUACA